AUGACUGAAGCUGAAACAGUAUGCAUUCGAACCUGCCAGAUGACAUCAUAUCCUGAAGAAAUCCAGCGUUUAACAGAUAACAAGAAGGUAUCGCCGCCUGUUAAACAGCUUAAGCUUUUCAUGAAGGACAAUGUGGUUCGCUGUGGUGGACGCAUUCAUAAUGCAGCCUUAGAAGAAGAGGCGAAACUUCCGAUUUUGCUGUCGGCAAAGCAUGCAUUCACGCACCAUGUAGUCAAAGACGCCCAUGAGAGGUUACACCAUGCCGGACCCAGCUCAACUAUAACACUUUUGAGAGGAAAAUACUUGAUACCAGCUAUACGUCCAUGCGUUCGUUCGGUAUUACGAAAGUGCGAGACCUGCAGAGAGGUUUCUGGUAGACCAUACAAAGCACCAGACCCUCCUCCAUUACCGAAGACAAGAUUGUCAGACGUAGCCACGUUCACCUAUACAGGUGUUGACUAUUCCGGAGCUCUUAGUGUACGUGACAAUAACGGAAAUGACAUUAAAAGAUACAUAUGUCUGUUUACCUGCGCCAGUACGAUAGCCGUUCAUUUGGAACUGGUACCAGAUCUGUCGGCGGAGUCAUUCCUGUUUGCAUUUAGGCGCUUCUGUAGUCGCAAAUCAACAUAA